CACACACCACCCCCGUCCAGGACAAGGAAGGCAUCCCGCCGGACCAGCAGCGCCAGCCUCAUCUUCGCGGGCAAGCAGCUCGAGGACGGCCGCACCCUCGCGGACUACAACAUCCAGAAGGAGUCCACCCUCCACCUCGUCCUCCGCCUCCGUGGUGGCCUGUGAGCUUUGCGCUCGCGGACGGUCGCGCAUUCGCUCUGAUGUUGCGCCAUGGUUAUGAGUUGAAUUCCGGUGGAAUGCGUCAGGUCGUAGUCGUGUUGUUCCUUAUGAUGCAGUUCGUGAUGUCUGAACCGUGAUGUGUUUAUUCACAAACAAUAAUGUUAUCCUAUGCUGUGAUGAGAGAUCUUCAAAUGGUCCAUCUGAAUCCUUUGCAUGUUCUAUUCUUGUUGGACAAGAUGAAUCUUUCUGUGGCCACUAACCAAAAUGCAGCUACCCUGUAUCCGGAUGUGCUAAUACAUGUUUUUGUUUGCCCCCGUUUUGGCCUUCGGGUUGUUCCUCAGCUCUAUAUCGCUCUGCUCUCCAUCCAGAAUAAUAAUACUCAGCAAUCGAUUUUGCAUCAACUGCAACACGCAUCAUUUUUAAUGUCAACUCUGAAUUUUUUUUUACUGUCAACUGCUGAAUUUUUUUGGAGAUGAAUCGUUUGGAUGAUGGAAACCAGGGCCAAUUUAUGAAUUAUGAUGUCCUGCAACUCUUCGGUCCAUGGUCUUGAAAUUUCAGUGCGACCCCACUUCCCGCUCUGCUUUGAACCCCUGGGGUCUCGAUUAGCGCCGCCGCGUCCUCUAUUCAUCCCAUGGCGGAGUUCACGAUCAAGCGGCUGCCCCCUUUCGUGCCAUCCCUGCGCCGUCACCAUUGACCGGCCACCCAAGCGGAUCAACAGUAGACUCAGCUCUUCGCAUACGUGCGCGACAAUGGGCCUCGUCAGGGGCGCGGCGACAUCCGCCGACCCCGCCUUCUACUACUCCCUCCUCCAGAGCUGCAUGAGCUGCUUCCGGCGAGGCAGGUCCGUCCACCACCAGAUCAUCGCGUCCGCCGCUCCCCCGGACCUGCACAUGAGCACCAAGCUCGUCAUCUUCUACGCUAAACACGGCGACGUCGCCGCUGCACGCAAGGUGUUCGACGGAAUGCCGCACCGGAGCGUCGUGUCCUGGACAGCCAUGGUCUCCGGAUACUCCAGGAACGGCCAGACGCGGGAGGCGCUGGAUCUGUUCACCCUCAUGCUGGCAUCCGGCGUCAGGCCGAACCAGUUCACCUACGGGAGCGUGGCCAGCGCGUGCGCCGGGGCUGGGUGUGUCAGGAGCGGUGAGCAGGUGCAUGCGUGCGUGGCGAAGGGGAGGUUCGUGGGGGAUGUCUUCGUGCAGAGUGCUCUCAUGGACAUGCACCUCAGGUGUGGGUCAGUCGUGGACGCGAUGCAGCUGUUUGCGGAGAUGGAGAGGAAGGAUGUUGUGGCUUGGAAUGCCCUGCUCAGGGGGCUUGUCGAGCGGGCGCAGUAUGGCGAUGCGCUUGGGUUGUUGCCCUCAAUGCUGAGAGGAGCAAUGCUGCCUGAUCAUUUCACAUUUGGAAGUGCUCUAAAAGCUUGUGGAGCAGUCAGUGUGCUUGCUAACGUGGAGCUAAUUCACACUUGCAUAAUAAAGCUGGGUUACUGGGGAGAAAAGGUUGUUAUUGGAUCAAUUAUAGAUGCUUAUGCAAAAUGCCGCGGUCUAAGCAGCGCAAGAUUGAUAUAUGACUCCAUAUGUGAACCGGAUCUUGUUUCGUCUACUGCACUGAUCAGUGGGUACUCCAUGGAUAGAAACCACAGUGAAGAUGCAAUGGAGCUCUUUUGUAAAAUUCAUCGUAAAGGCUUAAGGAUUGAUGGUGUUCUGUUAAGCUCAUUGCUUGGCCUUUGUGCCAAUGUGGCAUCGCUCAGAUUUGGGACACAAAUUCAUGCUUAUAUGUGCAAGAGGCAGCCUAUGACUGAUGUCGCAUUGGACAAUGCUGUAGUUGACAUGUAUGCUAAGGCAGGAGAAUUUGCAGAUGCCAGGCGUGCUUUUGAUGAAAUGCCUUACCGAAAUGUUGUUUCAUGGACUUCACUCAUUACUGCCUGUGGGAAAAAUGGUUUUGGAGAAGAUGCUGUGAGCCUUUUUGAUAGAAUGGUGGAGGAUGGUGUGAAGCCAAAUGAUGUUACAUUCCUUUCCCUUCUGUCUGCAUGUGGCCAUUCUGGUCUGACGAGUAAAGGGAUGGAAUAUUUCACUUCCAUGAUGAGCAAAUAUGGUAUUGAUCCAAGAGCUGAGCAUUACAGUUCUGCUAUCGACCUUCUUGCUCGUGGAGGUCAGUUAAAAGAUGCAUGGAAGCUUGUUCAGAAUAUAGACAUUGAACCUAACUCGUCAAUGUUUGGCGCAAUGCUUGGAGCUUGUAAAACACAUGGAAGCAUGCCUCUAGGAGAAACUGCUGCCAAGAAUCUUUUCACUAUAGCUCCUGAGAGUUCUGUACACUAUGCUGUGCUUGCAAACAUGUAUGCUGAAUCUAGUUUAUGGGAGGAUGCUCAAAGGACAAGAAAAUUAAUGGCUGAAACAUCUGGUGGGAAGGUAGCUGGUUGCAGUGUCAUCUGAAAAUUAUUAUAGACCUAAGUUUCUUCUUCAAGAAAUUCAGAUAAUGGUCAACUGUCACUGGUUGAUGCAGCAGAUAAAUCUGGAUUAUCUUCAGCCUUUGGUCCACACUCCACAGUGAACAUACCGGUCCAACAUCUAGAGCCUCCACGGAUUUGUAAACUAUCAAGUUCUGAAUCUUUGGCCUUUCAAUUAGACAACAAAGCAUUUAAGCACUUAUAUAGAGAUCUCAUGUUUGUUCA